GUUCCUGCAGUGGUAUGUCCCAGGACAAGGUUGAGUGGGCCACAGGGGCUUCACUAGCAGACACAGCCGCUGAACAGCAGGUCAAGGACGGGGAAGAGAUAACAUCAAGAUGCCAAAAAUCAAUGAAGAAUCUGUGCUCCAGAAUGACUCCAGUGAAGCAGAGAGUAGGGCUCCUACCCCUAAAACACCGGGACAGACUCAGGAAGAUCAGAGCAGCUCUACAGAUAACCACCCUCCCGAGAGCCGAUCUGCAGCACUUUCUGUCACAGAGCUGAUAGAGACAAUUAAUGAAGUUUCCAAGAUGAGCAUUGCUCACGAAAUCAUGGUCAACCAAGAUUUCUACAUGGAAGAGAGAAUUUUACCUCCAAAUAGUGUGGAAGGCAGAUUUGUGGAGACAAUGUACAAUGCUUUUUGGGACCAUAUGGAAGAGCAACUGUCAAGUGCUCCACCCAACUUUGCAUGUGCUCUUGAACUACUAAAGGAAGUUAAGGAUAUCUUGCUGUCACUGCUAUUACCUCGCCAGAACCAACUAAAACGUGAGAUCGAACAAGCUCUAGACCUGGGUCUGCUCAAGCAAGAAGCAGAGCAUGGGGCCUUGGAUGUACCUCAUCUCUCUAGCUCCAUUCUCAGUUUGAUGGGCAUGUUAUGUGCACCAAUUCGAGAUGAAGCAGUGCAGAAACUGGAGAGUAUAACAGAUCCAGUAGAAUUACUGAGGGGUAUUUUUCACGUUCUGGGCCUGAUGAAAAUGGACAUGAUGAACUACACUAUCCAGAGCCUUCGACCUUUUCUGCAGGAACAUUCUGUCCAGUAUGAACGAGCUAAAUUCCAGGAGCUGCUUGACAGGCAGCCCCAUCUCCUUGUCUUCACCACCAAAUGGCUCACUAAAGCAGCCGCAGACCUCAUUACACCAUCUGCAAGUUCUGACUCUCCUAGCUCCUCAUCAAGCAAGACCUAUUCACCCGGAAGUCAGGAAGCUAACAGCUCAGAGAUUCCCAGUCCCACAAUGGUGUUAUACCAGGGCUACCUGAACCUUCUUCACUGGGAUCCUGAAAACGAAGAAUUCCCUGAGACCUUGCUGAUGGACAGAAUCCGGCUGCAGGAGAUGGAAUCAACAGUGUGCCAGUUAACCAUCCUGACUUCAGUCUUGCUAGUGGCCAGAAGUUUCUCUGGUAGUGUUUUAUUCAGGUCACCUGAAUUUGUGGAUAAACUGAAAUACAUAAUCAAGGCCCUGACAGAGGAAUUUAACUCCAGACCUGAAGAGGCUAUGCUGAGUGUGAGUGAACAAGUGUCUCAGGAAAUCCACCAGGGCCUUAUGGACAUGGGCUUCACUGCUUUGAGCAACGAAAAUAAGAAAUCUCUUGUAGGUCAACUCCAGAACAUUGCCAAGAAAGAGAACUGCGUUCGUAGCAUCAUUGAUCAGCGGAUCCAUCUGUUCCUCAAAAGCUGUCUAGUUCGUGGCAUGCAAGAGUCUUUACUAGACUUUCCUGGAGGCCUUAUUUUCAUCGAAGGGGAAUUGGCAGACCUGGGCUGGAAGUUUGUCAAUCUGAUGCAUCACAACCAUCAGGUGUUCAGCCCAUACUAUACUGAGAUCUUAAAAAAUGUCAUUCCUCCAGCUCAGGUACAAGAAACAGAAAAGGAGCCUAUUUAAUAGUGCUAGAGCCCAGUAACGGCUGUAAGGACCCAGGAAAUAGGGCUCAUCAUGUUCCUGGAAUAACAUCACCUGUGGCCACCAAAAUAGGGUUCCCUCUUUACCACUGCAGCCAGAAUACAGGGUUGUGGGAGUCCAGCAUAUAAACAUCACCUGACCAUAUCCCCUUCAUUAAUAAACUUCUGAGCUGCAACAAAGCCUCAGUGCCUUCUGAGUUAUAGCUGAAUUCAUGUCCUGUACCUUUAUUUCCUGACUAGUUGAUAAACCAGUCGGCCCUCUGUUUCUCUUUCAUUGUUCUGGAUUAAGUAAGCAUCAGUGUAUCAGUUGGUAACAGUUUUUUUUUUUUAAUGUAAAAUCAUUUCAUUGAGGGCUAUGAAAUUUCUGUGAUUAUCCAGAGUGAGU